UCAGUGAUACAGUAAGUGUGUGUCAUACAGUGCAUGUCCAUUCAUGUGUUUCAAAUAUUAUUAUUUUGUUUAGUGUCAAAUUGUGAUAUUUAUUUUACAUUAUUAUUAUUUUUUUAAAAUGAAUGUAUCAUUCAUAAUAUUUUUCCUGUGCCUUAGUGUCUAUUCAGGCAACGCCCUAGAAUGUUAUGUGUGUCAAAAUCAAGAGGGAAACAUUGAAAAAUGUUUAAAUACAAUUAAAACAUGUGAACCCGAUGAGGAUGUUUGUCUGUCAGAAAUAAGCUGGGGAAGUCCACCCUAUUGGUCGCAAGGUGCCACUAAACAAUUUUACGUCUCCAAAAGAUGUGCAAGCAAACGAAAAUGUGAAGGAAGGAGACAGAAUUACAUGUCUACAUGUACCCAUAUAUGGUAUUUAGACUGGAAAUGUUCCGAGUGUUGUCAAGGAGAUAGGUGUAAUUACUAUAUCAUAUCUGGAACAAGCAAACCAGGACAAACAUUUGCUAUCAUAUUUUCAGUAGUUUUCACAAUAUUUACUAUUGUAACCAGAAUGUAGUGCAACAAAAAAAAAAACAAAAUUUAAUAUUAUUAAGUUAAUAAGAUCUCUAGAAUUUGUCACUUAGACAAUAACAGAAUUAUUGAAGAACAAAGAAAAAUAACUUUCUUCCGUCCAUAUGUAAAUAAGUAUUUUUUUUGCUUAUAAUUUUUGUAUAUAAUUUUUAAAAAAAUGACACAAUUUACUUUUUUAUCGUCUUUGUAUUACAUAUUAAUUUUAGUCAGUUUUCUAAAGAAAUAGAAUAAAUAAUAUUCAUAUAGAAACUAAAAUUAUGAGUGCCUUAGUCAUUCUCAGUGGGAUAGACUAAUUUAAAAUUUCGUAUUGCCUAUCUCGAUGCUUACUCACUUAAGAUUUAAUAAAUUAUCUAUUUCAAGUAAUAAAUAUAAUUUUUUUUGCUUAUUUUUUAUUAUGAAAAUUUUUAGUUAAACUUACAAUUACUUUAUAAUUCAUUUACUGAUUAUUAUUUUGAUUUUAGAUUUAAAAAUUUGAAAUAUAUCUAAAAAGUCUUGAAAGAGGAACAUAAUUAUUUUGUUUUUAAAUUAGUAUUAUCCCAUCGUGAUUGAGUGCAUUGGAGAUUAAAAUAUUCGAUGUUACAUAUGUUCUUAAAAAGAAUAGUGUUUACGAAUGUUAAUGCUCUUUAGAACAAAUAUUUUGCAGUAAAUGUAAAAAAAUACUGAAUUCCGUCCUUAUCUAUCUAUAUAUAUAUUUAGUAAGAUUUGUUUGUACGAGAGCAAAAUUUGCUUGUCCUUACAAGUUACAAAAAAAUUUUCAUUUAAUGAAAUUAAAUAAAAAAAUUUUUACCAAAUAAA